AUGAUGCUCUGCAUUAACUGGGCGUGUGUUCCGAGCAUCCUCUCUGUUAUUACACAGACACACGGACUGCUCCAGCUGCCUUCUCUCUCCUCUCCUCCUCUGCUCCUCUCCUCUGGGCUGACACCUCUGCUCCGGGUCUGCUCCGGGUCUGCUCCGGGUCUGCUCCUGCUGCCUUCAUCCCCUCUCUCCCCUCCAGCCUCGUCUUUUGUCCGCGGCCUGUUGCGUAUGGACGCCUCAGAGUGCGGGGUGAAGGUGAUGUGCAGGUUCCGUCCCCUGAGUGACGCGGAGCGGAACCGCGGGGAUCGCCUGGUGGCCAAGUUCAACGGACACGACACCGUGGUGCUGACGGGGAAGCCGUACAUCUUUGAUCGAGUUCUUCCUCCGGAAACUGAACAAGUCCAGGUUUACGACUCCUGCGCAAAACACAUCGUGAAAGAUGUCCUGGGAGGAUACAAUGGGACAAUCUUUGCGUACGGACAGACAUCCUCAGGAAAAACUCACACUAUGGAGGGUGUCCUUCACGAUGAGGAGAACAUGGGCGUCAUUCCCAGAAUCGCAUCAGACAUUUUCAACCACAUCUACAGCAUGGACCAGAACCUGGAGUUCCAUAUCAAGUUAGAGCUGAAGUUAGAGCUGAAGUUAGAGCUGAAGUUAGAGCUGAAGUUAGAGCUGAUGUUAGAGCUGAAGUUAGAGCUGAAGUUAGAGCUGAAGUUAGAGCUGAAGUUAGAGCUGAUGUUAGAGCUGAAGUUAGAGCUGAAGUUAGAGCUGAUGUUAGAGCUGAAGUUAGAGCUGAAGUUAGAGCUGAAGUUAGAGCUGAAGUUAGAGCUGAUGUUAGAGCUGAAGUUAGAGCUGAAGUUAGAGCUGAUGUUAGAGCUGAAGUUAGAGCUGAAGUUAGAGCUGAAGUUAGAGCUGAAGUUAGAGCUGAAGUUAGAGCUGAUGUUAGAGCUGAUGUUAGAGCUGAAGUUAGAGCUGAAGUUAGAGCUGAAGUUAGUGCUGAAGUUAGAGCUGAAGUUAGAGCUGAAGUUAGAGCUGAAGUUAGAGCUGAUGUUAGAGCUGAUGAUAGAGCUGAAGUUAGAGCUGAAGUUAGAGCUGAAGUUAGAGCUGAAGUUAGAGCUGAUGUUAGAGCUGUAG